UGAACAGGAAGAAGGGUUUGCUCAGGGAUACUGCCAGGAAGAGAGACAGUGAAGGAGGAAGGCUUUGCCUGAGCAGAAGGAACGUAUUCUUAAAAGACAGGGUUCCUUCCCACUGCAGCAAGAAUUACGCCACCAGGAAACCCUUACCUGGAAGCCAGCCCAGCCUCCCAAAGAGAGAGCAGGCUCCAGAAACCCCUUCAUUAUGAACUGGCACAUGAUAAUCUAUGGGCUUAUCGUAGUGGUGCUUAAAUCUGUUGGAGUGACCUUAUUUCUACUGUAUUUCCCGCAGAUUCUUAACACAAGUAAUGAUGGGUUCAACUCUACCAGCAGCUAUGGAACAGUCCCACCAUCUUUUGGGAGUACUAAGAACAGCUUAACGCCCACAAGCAGAUACGGAACAGUCUGCCCCAAAGCCUGGGAUUUUCAUCAAAGAAGAUGUUUUUUCUUGUCCACAUCUGAACAGUCUUGGAACAAGAGCAGGGAUGACUGUAUAUCAAAAGGAUCCACUUUGGCGAUUGUCGACACACCAGAGAAACUGGAGUAUCUCCAGCACAUUGCAAAUGCUGAGAAGUACUUUAUUGGUUUAACAUACCAGUCUGCAGAGAAAAAGUGGCGUUGGAUCAACAACUCAGUGUUCAAUGUAUUACCCAUCAGAAUCAGAACUUCAACUGUGUCACCAUAGGCCUAACAAAGACUUUCGAUGCUGCAUUAUGUGACGUCAGCUACCGCUGGAUCUGUGAGAAGAAUCCUGAAUGAUUGCAGUUCUCUGUGACAAAAAACAAAUAAACACAAAAGAGAAUAGUUACAAUCAGGACUGGUCUGGGAAAUGCAGAACAUCAAAACCCUGUGACAGUCUUCAACAGGUCAUUGGCAGAGCUCCAGGGCUAACGGACCAUCCACUUUUAUACAUACACUUACAUAUAUACAACCAGGAAAACUCCCCAUUCUGAGCCAUUCCACCCAACCACAUUUCCUGUAUGAGUCAAACUUGUGACACUUUUUGGAUUCCCACAGUACAUCUAGUUAAUGGUUCUUUUAUCCAUCUGUCCUUUAACAUCUAGUUAAAAGUCCUUGUCUGUAUGAGAUAAUGAACUGUUAUAUUCUAUAUUCUAAAGGACUGGAUGUUGGCCAUCUCCAGGAGACAGGGUCAGUUUUAUAAAAAUAGCACAAGUAUGGAAAUGAGGUUUGUUUCUACAGAACUGAGAAUUUCUGACUGAUCAACAAGGUUUAGCCUGUUGACAGUUUGUUUUAUCCUCAUUGGACAUGACAUACACCAAGGAGAACCUAUAGAAUGAACAGGUAUUAGAAUCAUUUAGAGGACAGAGUGGGUGGAAGAAAAGUGGACUCAUCUUCUUUGAUGUCAAUUAAGCCCCAAAGAUCACGGCAUAUUCUUUCAUUCCAUUCAUGAGAUACCAGGUAUAUCCUACUGACAAAAAGAAACCUUGCACUGGUUAGCAUAUUGACCCACCAUUCGUCAGGUUGGCCAAAGAGGAAAAAGAGAAGGGCCAUGCAGAAAACACUGGAUGGAGGAAAAGGGUACGCAGAGAGAAAGAAUGGAGUACCAGGGAUAAAUAGAAAUCACAUGAAAGGAAAAAUGACAUUCAUUUGGCCAUCCUAGAAAAACAGCAAGAAAAAAGUAGAAAAGUCUUGGCUGUUCUCUAUAUUUAUAAGAAAAUAUCAAAUACUCACACAUCUCAAGACAUGAAAAGAAAAAAAGAUAAAUCUGUUGUCUUCAGUAAUAAGAGUUAAACCAUGGGGAUGACCAUAUAAAAUUAAUGGAAAUUAUUACCAUUUGCAUCUAGUAACAAUGUAUCACAGUAAUUAAUGUAUAUAUGAUUAAUCGAAAUAAAAUGCUGCAAAAUUUAUCUUUUAUUACAACACUAAGUACUGUUUCUAAAUUCCUAGGUUUCAUAAUUGUUGGUUCAUUGGCAUAGUCAUUUAGAAUUUUUAUAAAUGAGAUAACAGUAGUUGUUAGAAGUUGCCUGAAGGAGGUUAUCAGAAAUAAUUUGAGUUUGGAAUGGAACAAAUAUCAGAAUUAUGUUAGUACCCUGUGGAAAUACAAAUUCUCUGGUGGUUUUAACAAAUAAGUGCCACAGGAGAGGAGCAGGGAAAGGCUGAGUCUACAGUGAAAAAAAGAAUCAACUGAGGGCUGGGGAUGUGGCUCAAGUGGUAAUGCACUUGUCUGGCAUGCACGGGGCACUGG